UUUCUUACCCGGCGCAGUGGUGCCCCAGCGUUCAUUCCAGUUCGAUCGUUGCCCGGAGAAGCAGUGGCAAAAGUUGCAGCGCGCGCGCGUAUGUUCGCAGAGCUGUUUCUGGUGUUGUGCGGAAGAAAAAACUCCCCACCCUCGAGACUAACCCCGACGGUACCGACGGGUUGUGCGGUCAACACGGAGUGAGUGCAUAAGAGAGUGUGCCGCGGGUGUUUGUGAAGUGUCGUGGCGUGUUUAAGGUGGCCGUUGCACAGCUUCGAAGGGAAGGAAAGCACAAACCCACUUUUUCGCAAAUCCCAAAAUUGCGUCGAUAAAGUAAAGGAACACAUACCCUCCUACCACCCAAGUGGCCUGUGCAGCCGUGAGUUGCCACAACCAGACAUUGUUGUGGAGUGGUCAGCAAAGUAUCUUUACAACCUUCUCCGUGGGAGACACCAGAGUGGACACACCGAAACGGUCGGGACGCACGCAGCAUGACGAUCAACACGGACGACCAGUAUGGGGACGCCGAAUCCAAAACCACCAUCAGCUCCAGUCGGCGUUACAGCAGCAGCAGCUACCAGGACCAGUCGAUGGACGAUGCGCUCAACACGACGCUGACGAACGACAAGGCGACGCUGAUACAGGUGUGGAAGCCGAAGAGCUACGGCUCGGUCAAGGGCCAGAUACCGCAGUGCGAGCGGCUCACCUACACCUGGAAGGAGAUCGACGUGUUCGGCGAGGCGCCGACCGACGGGAAGCCGCGCGAGCCGCUCUGCACCCGGCUGCGCAACUGCUGCACCCGCCAGCGCAAGGACUUUAAUCCGCGCAAGCACCUGCUGAAGAACGUGACCGGGGUGGCGAAGAGCGGCGAGCUGCUCGCCGUGAUGGGCAGCUCGGGCGCCGGCAAGACGACGCUGCUGAAUGCGCUCGCGUUCCGGUCGCCGCCCGGCGUCAAAAUUUCCCCGAACGCGGUGCGCGCCCUGAACGGGGUGCCGGUCAAUGCGGAGCAGCUGCGGGCCCGGUGCGCCUACGUGCAGCAGGACGACCUGUUCAUACCGUCGCUGACGACGCGCGAGCAUCUGCUGUUCCAGGCGAUGCUGCGCAUGGGCCGCGAUGUGCCGGCGAGCGUGAAGCAGCACCGCGUCCAGGAGGUGCUGCAGGAGCUGUCGCUGGUCAAGUGUGCGGACACGAUCAUUGGCGCGCCCGGCCGCAUCAAGGGGCUGUCGGGCGGGGAGAGGAAGCGGCUCGCGUUCGCGUCGGAAACGCUCACCGAUCCCCAUCUGCUGCUGUGCGACGAGCCGACGUCCGGGCUCGACUCGUUCAUGGCCCACAGCGUGCUGCAGGUGCUGAAGGGGAUGGCGAUGAAGGGCAAAACCAUCAUCUUGACGAUCCACCAGCCGUCCUCGGAGCUGUACUGCCUGUUCGACAAGAUACUGCUGGUGGCGGAGGGGCGGGUCGCUUUUCUCGGGUCGCCCUACCAGUCGGCGGAGUUUUUCUCCCAGUUGGGAAUACCCUGCCCGCCGAACUACAACCCGGCCGACUUCUACGUGCAGAUGCUCGCGAUCGCACCGGCCAAGGAGGCGGAGUGCCGCGACAUGAUCAAGAAGAUCUGCGACUCGUUUGCCGUCAGCCCGAUCGCGCGCGAGGUGCUCGAAACGGCCUCGGUCGCCGGCAAGGGCAUGGACGAGCCGUACAUGCUGCAGCAGGUGGAGGGCGUCGGCAGCACCGGCUACCGUUCCAGCUGGUGGACGCAGUUCUACUGCAUCCUCUGGCGCUCGUGGCUGAGCGUGCUGAAGGAUCCGAUGCUGGUGAAAGUGCGCCUGCUCCAGACAGCGGUAGGUAGUCGUGGGCCUUCUUCCGAUUUGCCCGAACUAACCACCUGCUUCCCAUGCUUCUUUUCUCCUCGCCCGCAGAUGGUGGCGACCCUGAUCGGUUCAAUCUACUUCGGCCAGGUGCUCGACCAGGACGGCGUGAUGAACAUCAACGGUUCGCUGUUUCUCUUCCUCACCAACAUGACGUUCCAGAACGUGUUCGCGGUCAUUAACGUGUUCUCGGCCGAGCUGCCGGUGUUUCUGCGCGAGAAGCGCUCCCGGCUGUACCGGGUCGAUACGUACUUUCUCGGCAAAACGAUCGCGGAGCUGCCGCUGUUCAUUGCCGUGCCGUUCGUGUUCACCUCGAUCACGUACCCGAUGAUUGGGCUGCGGACCGGCGCCACCCACUACCUGACCACGCUGUUCAUCGUCACGCUCGUCGCGAACGUGUCCACCUCGUUCGGCUACCUGAUUUCCUGCGCCAGCUCCUCGAUCUCGAUGGCGCUGUCCGUCGGGCCGCCGGUCGUCAUCCCGUUCCUGAUCUUUGGCGGCUUCUUCCUCAACUCGGCCUCGGUGCCCGCGUACUUCAAGUACCUGUCCUACCUGUCCUGGUUCCGGUACGCGAACGAGGCGCUGCUCAUCAACCAGUGGAGCACGGUGGUGGACGGCGAGAUUGCGUGCACCCGGGCGAACGUCACCUGCCCGCGGUCGGGCGAGAUCAUCCUCGAGACGUUUAACUUCCGCGUGGAGGACUUUGCGCUCGACAUUGCCUGCCUGUUUGCGCUGAUCGUGCUCUUCCGGCUCGGCGCACUGCUCUGCCUGUGGUUGCGCUCGCGCAGCAAAGAGUAAGCCGGAGAAGAAGCAGAGUCGUUUUUUUCUUCUUUUUUUUAGUUUAUUCUCCCAUUACCCACUGCAACCCCCCCCCCACCCCCCUCCCCACACUAGCAGGCAACUGCACUGCACCAUAUUUUCUUUUUGUAUUUUAAGACACGUGUUUUCCGUUUUGUCACUUUUGUCUUGGAAAAAAUCAACACAAUGUUUCCGUUUUUUGUUAGUUUUUUGUGUUUUUGUUUUUUUCCUUAACAGUUAAGUAACUUAAGCGUAAAUUGUGUAAGGGGGAAUGGGGUACUACUAUACCACCCCCGACCCACAGCAAAACGAGAAUGUUACACAAAGCGAAGGAGAGAGAGAGAGAGAGAGAUGCAGAGAGAGAAAGAGGAAGAAAGAUAUAUAUAAAUAACAUUGAUAAACAUAAUCAUAGUGAAAUGCAAGUUGUCUAGUUACCGGAUUCAGAUUGUGCGCGAUUGUGUGUCAAAUAUUGUCUAUUCCUCCCGCCCCCACCGCCCACCAUUCCCGUUUUUCGCCUGGCCUCAACACCAGCAUCCCCUUUCCCUUAUCAGCCGCUUUUCGCUGCCGAAACAAAUGUUAAAACUGUAACAAUUACAGAUUCACCGGCUAACGCCCCCGUCAGUGGCGUCCUGUUUUGUAUUGUUUUUUUUUUACAUAGGAAUAUUACGACAAGUGACAAGCAAUCUGCAAUAGGGAGCAGUAGUAAUAAUGAUAUUCGAAUACAGUAAUACAUAAACGUCAUUGCGAACAAACAAA